CUUUCAUCCAGCCCAAACAAAUAACAGGAAGAAAAUCUCCUCGAAAUAAAAGCGCCUCGGGAUCCACGUUCACCUGCAGAUUUUGAUCACAUCAAUAUGGAGAGAGAUUUGGAGUUUGAACAUUUUGAUGAACGAGACAAGGGGAUGAGGUAUGGCAGAGCGUCCCGGUUGAACGGCUUACCCAGCCCCACACACAGCGCCCACUGCAGCUUCUACCGGACCCGCACCUUGCAGACCCUCAGCUCUGAGAAGAAAGCCAAGAAAGUGCGUUUUUACCGCAAUGGGGACCGCUACUUUAAGGGUAUCGUGUAUGCGGUGUCCCAGGACCGCUUCCGCUCGUUCGAGGCUCUGCUGGCUGACCUGACCCGAACUCUGUCCGAUAACGUCAACCUGCCCCAGGGAGUCAGGGUCCUCUACAGCAUCGAUGGCGUCAAGAAAAUCACUAGUCUCGAAGAGCUGGUGGCAGGAGAAAGUUAUGUCUGUGCAUCUUUUGAACCAUUUCGAAAAGUGGACUACACAAAGAAUGUAAACCCUAACUGGUCAGUGAAUGUAAAGGCAACUACAACUGCACGUACGCCAACAUCUAUCAGUAGUUCCAAAGCAAGUUCCACUGAGACUAAAGAAAAUAAAGAUUUCAUUCGUCCCAAGCUCGUGACCAUCAUUCGGAGUGGUGUGAAGCCACGGAAAGCUGUUAGGAUUCUUCUCAAUAAAAAGACUGCACAUUCAUUUGACCAGGUUCUUGCAGAUAUCACUGAUGCCAUCAAGUUGGAUUCAGGAGCAGUUAAACGUUUGUACACACUGGAUGGGAAACAGGUGAUGUGCCUUCAGGAUUUCUUUGGUGAUGAUGACAUUUUUGUUGCCUGUGGUCCUGAGAAGUUCCGCUAUGCACAGGAUGACUUUUCACUGGAUGAAAAUGAAUGUCGAGUUGUUAAGUCCACUUCAUACACUAAAGUUCCUGGUGCAGGUGGUGGUGCUACAGCACGAAACAUUACCACCAAGACCCCUGGGCCUUCCCGACGUAGCAAGUCCCCAGCUUCUACUGGCUCAGUGAAUGGAACUGCUGGUAGCCAACUUUCUACUCCACGUUCCACCAAGACACCAAGCCCGUCACCAACCAGCCCAGGCAGCCUACGCAAACAGAAGAGCUCUCAGCAUGGUGGAUCCUCAAUAUCUUUGGCAUCAACCAAAGUUUGCAGCUCCAUGGAUGAGAAUGAAGGCCCCAGCUGUGAAGAAGUUGUCGAGGAAACGUUCCAAGUGCCAGCAUCCAUAGCUGAACGUUACAAAGUUGGAAGAACUAUCGGUGAUGGAAAUUUUGCAAUUGUGAAAGAAUGUAUAGAAAGGUCAACUAGUAGAGAAUAUGCUUUGAAAAUUAUUAAUAAAAGCAAGUGUAGAGGCAAAGAGCAUAUGAUUCAAAAUGAAGUUUCCAUCUUACGAAGAGUUAAACAUCCAAAUAUUGUUCUUUUAAUUGAAGAAAUGGAUACACCAAGUGAACUUUAUCUAGUCAUGGAACUUGUCAAGGGUGGAGAUCUUUUUGAUGCCAUUACUUCCACCAAUAAGUACACAGAGCGUGAUGCCAGUGGAAUGCUGUACAAUUUGGCCAGUGCUAUCAAAUACCUGCAUAGCCUUAACAUCGUACACAGGGACAUCAAACCAGAGAAUCUACUGGUUUAUGAACAUCAGGAUGGAAGCAAAUCUCUGAAACUAGGGGACUUUGGCCUUGCCACAGUAGUAGAUGGGCCCUUAUACACUGUCUGUGGAACACCUACAUACGUAGCUCCAGAAAUAAUUGCUGAAACUGGCUAUGGUCUGAAGGUGGACAUCUGGGCUGCUGGUGUGAUUACUUACAUUCUACUUUGUGGUUUUCCUCCAUUUCGUGGGCACAGCAAUGAUCAGGACGUUCUGUUUGACCAGAUACUGAUGGGUCAUCAGGAAUUUCCAUCACCAUAUUGGGAUAAUAUUUCUGACUCUGCAAAAGAGCUUAUCACCAUGAUGCUGCAGGUUGAUAUAGAGCAGCGAUAUUCUGCGCAGCAGUUGUUGGACCACCCCUGGGUGAAUGAUGAUGGGUUACCAGAGAAUGAGUAUCAACUAUCGGUGGCUGGAAAGUUGCAGAAACACUUCAACACAGGCCCCAAACCUAGUAAUACUUCAGCUGGAGUGUCUGUGAUAGCAACCACCGCUCUUGAUAAGGAGAGGCAGGUUUUCCGAAGAAGAUGCAACCAGGAUGUGAGGAGAAGCUACGUGGUACAAACUAAUGCACCAGAACACAACUCUGAAUCUGAAGAUUACUCACCAAGCUCUUCUGAGACUGUUCGCUCACCAAAUUCUCCCUUUUAAUGAAUCCUAUUCUCGUUACCAAGCUCUAAUUGCUUACUGCAAUUUUAUAAAUCAUUUCUUAAGAAAUAAUGAAUGUUUAGUUAGUCAAGCUAGGACAAUGUUGCACUGAUAUAUGAACAGUAUUGAUUCUAGCAUGGUUUAAUGGACAAGCACAAGGCAUGUGAAGGUGUAGGUGAAUCCAGCUGCUUUGCAAUUCAGCCAUUGUCUGUAUUCUUAACCAUUUAGGCGCUGUGUUUUCCUUGCAUCAUAAAGCACAUUAACGUUCUCUGUCUCUGACCAUCUCUCUAUAUCAAGAAAUCAGUUUGCUAUGGUGCAAAAAUGCUACUGUUGUUCAAAGGAUUCUGAAUUUCUGCAAAGUCAAAAUAUUUGCCAGUCUAUGAAUCCUGAAUUCUACAAUAUAAUCAGUGAGCAUUGCAUUUCCUUAAAGAACUUUACCUUUCUCUUGAUUUUCAAAUUAAGUUGUAGCAGUUUAAAAGAAAACAGUGCUAUUGUAAAUUAUUAAUAAGCAACCUGAUUACUCCAAAAUCUAGUAUGACAAAACUCUGUUUGAACAGUACUUGACACAGAGCAUAGAAUGGUGAGAUAGGUGACUAGGAUCGUAUCUGUGUGUACCAUCAACAAUCACUGAACAGCAGUAUUGUAUGAUAUUACAAAUGAAGUAAAGCUCCACAGUUUGAUAUUUAGUUCAUUAGAGAAGUAAUAAAAUUUAUGUUAGAAUACUUGUAUCAACUGUGUAAAACAUCCUUAAAGAUGGAAAACUUUCACGUGGAUAAACUUCUACAAUUUUAAAUAAUUUCUUCUAUGUCUCAGGCACCCAAACCUGGCAUUAAGAAGAUCUUUCCUACAGACUAUUUUGUAGAAAGUGGUGAAAGUUAACUCAUGUGAAAUGUCAUUGCUUUACAGUAGUCAUCAUGUGACUAAGUGUGGUGCAUACUAUAAUAAAUAAAUAAGCCAAAUCUGUGAAUAAAUGAUUUAUUGAUAACCUUAA